UUUUCCAUUUUGUAGUAAGAGAUACUCGAUUGAACAUUUUACGACCAAAAAUAUUUUCUUAAAUGGAUACCGGACUUCGAGUCUCCGCAGAUUCAGUGCCGUACCUCCCUCUCCGGGAACAUGAAGCCAAUGCUUCCGACGACGCCCGGCUAAAAGAGCUGGGUUACAAGCAAGAACUUAGUCGCAGCCUCACGGCGAUCGCAAACUUUUCGGUCACUUUCUCCAUCGUGUCAGUGAUCACAGGGCUGACAACAAUGUACGGAACAGGACUGACCUUUGGUGGGCCUGUUACAAUGAUAUAUGGAUGGCCCAUAGUGAGCAUGUUAACUAUGAUAGUGGGUCUGGCAAUGUCUGAGAUUUGCUCUGCCUACCCCACUUCUGGUGGACUCUACUAUUGGAGUGCCAAGUUGAGUGGCAAUGAGUGGGGUCCUCUGGCUGCCUGGUUCACUGGUUGUGAGCAUUGGGUAGGUAGUUUUAGGUCUAUAGAUCUAUCACUCUCUGCUAUUUUUGUUAUUUAUGCAUUUUGCUUCCAGAUGGUUUCUGGCAGAGAAAAAAUGGCUCUUCCAUCUCAUACGGUUACAAAUGGCAGCGUUUUGGUUGAUUCAGGCCAGUCUCGUCUCACAGAGCUUGGCUACAAACAAGAGCUCAAGCGCGAUCUAUCGAUGUUUUCAAAUUUUGCGUUUUCAUUUUCGAUCAUAUCAGUGCUGACCGGUAUCACCACUCUCUACAACACUGGGUUGAUUUUUGGUGGACCUGUCUCUUUGGUUUAUGGUUGGUUUAUUGCUGGUGGUUUUACCAUGUUCGUUGGGUUAUCAAUGGCUGAGAUCUGUUCCUCUUACCCAACUUCUGGUGGCCUUUAUUAUUGGAGUGCUAAGCUUGCUGGCCAAAAUUGGGCACCCCUUGCCUCUUGGCUCACAGGCUGGUUCAACAUUGUUGGUCAGUGGGCAGUUACAACAAGUGUAGAUUUCUCACUUGCACAACUAAUUUCGGUGAUCAUUCUCCUUAGCACAGGUGGAAAAAACGGUGGUGGAUAUGAGGCAUCUAAAUAUGUAGUCAUAGCUUUUCAUGGGGCAAUCCUGCUGAUACAUGCUAUAAUAAACAGUCUUCCCAUUUCAGUUCUAUCAUUCUUUGGACAGCUGGCUGCUGCAUGGAAUCUAAUAGGUGUUGUUCUUCUUAUGAUCCUCAUUCCCUCGGUUUCAACAGAGAGGGCUAGUGCCAAGUUUGUGUUCACUCAUUUCAACACCGAUAAUGGUGAGGGAAUAAACAGUAAAGUCUAUAUUUUUGUUCUUGGACUUCUAAUGAGUCAAUACACCCUUACUGGUUAUGAUGCAUCUGCUCAUAUGACAGAGGAAACCAAGAGUGCUGAUAAGAAUGGACCAAAAGGAAUAAUUAGUUCCAUUGGGAUAUCUAUUAUUUUUGGGUGGGGUUACCUACUUGGCAUCACCUUUGCAGUUACCAACAUCCCAUUCCUUUUGAGUGAAAAUAAUGAUGCUGGAGGUUAUGCUAUUGCUGAAAUAUUUUACCUAGCAUUUAAGAACAGAUACGGCAAUGGUGUUGGGGGAAUUAUUUGUUUGGGAGUGGUUGCAAUUGCCAUAUUUUUUUGUGGUAUGAGUUCUGUUACUAGCAACUCAAGGAUGGCUUAUGCUUUCUCAAGAGAUGGAGCCAUGCCAUUGUCAUCUUUGUGGCAUAAAGUGAACAAGCAGGAAGUUCCGAUAAAUGCAGUUUGGCUCUCUGCAUUUAUCUCAUUUUGCAUGGCGCUAACGUCUCUUGGAAGCUUGGUGGCAUUUCAGGCCAUGGUAUCUAUUGCAACAAUUGGACUCUACAUUGCUUAUGCCCUACCAAUCUUCUUCCGGGUGACUUUGGCCCGCAAAUCCUUCAGGCCAGGACCCUUCAACCUCGGCCGCUUUGGGAUCUUGGUUGGUUGGAUUGCAGUCAUUUGGGUGGCAACCAUCUCUGUCCUCUUCUCAUUGCCUGUUGCCUAUCCAAUCACCUCUGAGACACUCAACUACACUCCUGUUGCUGUUUGCGGUUUGCUCGUUCUUACUAUUUCUUCUUGGAUCAUUAGUGCUCGGCAUUGGUUUACUGGUCCCAUAACCAACAUAGAUACAUGA